UCAAAACACUUUCUCCUACGUCUAAAAUGAGCUUUCUAAAACACCACCGAAGACUUUUUACCUGAGGAUUUUAUCGCCUCGUGACCUCACGACAACUUCAAUGCCUGAGAGAAAGAGUUUUCAAAGGAUUUAACAAAAUGAUCGCAUCUUGUGAUGAAUCACAUGUAGAAGGGAAAGGGAAAACUCAUCUGGACAGUAAUGGACCCGUUGGGAAGUUUAAGGGAAUGAAGGGGAAUAACAGCGUCGCACCUGUGACCUCACCUGAGUCUGCCUGCGCGCGCAUCUCGCUGCCGGGAGUGAUGGACGCAGAGGGGCGAGUGGACGAAUCUAGGCUCAGGAUGCAUAUAUUUAAAAACGGUGGCGUGUCGCCUGACGAACGUGGUCUGGUAUGGCGUUUCCUGUUUGGCAUGUACCCCUGCAGCUCUACGGCUCUGGAGCGCCCCCUACUGCUGGAGCAGAUGACGGUGCGCUAUCAGGUCAUGAAGAGGAAGUGGCAACAGCUGCUUCCUGGAGCCGUUCGUCUGCGUCUUAAUGGCACUGAUGCUGAACUGUUGACAGCAGUGAAGUUUUUCGACCUAAGGCAGGACAGAGAGCAGAAAAAACAGCAGUAUGAGUCAGAAGAGGCCAGAGAGAAGAUGUCCUUUCUGCAACUGCAGGCUCAGGUGCUAUUUGAACGGGUAACCUUUGACCUGGAAGAGCUUCAGGAGGCCAUACGCAUCAUUGACAAAGAUGUUCCCCGAACCGAUCGAGAUCUUCCAUACUACCGGAAUGAAGGUUUGGGUAACCUGCUUGUCUUGAGAGAUAUCCUAAUCACAUAUGCUGCUUUUCACCCAGAAGUAAGUUACGCUCAGGGUAUGAAUGAUUUGUGCAGUCGCUUUCUGGAGGUGCUGCACUCAGAAGUGGACACCUACUGGAGCUUCUCCUGCUACAUGGAGAAGUUUUCCAAAGACUUCUGUGCUGAUGGACUGUAUCGCAAAAUGGAGUUGGAAGCCGCUUUACUGAAAGAGCUGGAUCCUCAGCUACACUCUCAUCUGGUCACGGACAACAUGGAAAAAAUCACUUUUUGUCACAGGUGGCUUCUGCUGGCUUUCCAGCGGGAGUUUGAGCACAGCGAUGCUCUGCGUCUGUUUGAGAUUCUCAGCUGUGAUCACCUGGAGCUCAUCUCACAGCAGGUGGAUCGGGCUCGAUAUCAGGAGAGACUGGCACGCAAAUACAGCCUGGAGGAUGAACCUGCAGUGACGGAGCUCCAGGCCAUAAACACAGACUUCACUUUUGAACUCUUCAUGUGUGCCACCAUCUUGCUGGAGAACAGAGAAGCUUUACUCAGCUGCAGGAACGAGGUUCAGCUCAUACAGUUUACCAGCAGUCUGCAGGGCAAGAUGGACCUGAACAGCACCCUGAAAAAAACUGAGGAACAUUUUUACAACUACUGUAAACGCUCAGCCUGGGACUAUUUGAGCGGUCGCUGUCGCAUGCGCAAGAGCAAAGAGGACCACUUUUUAUAUCAACUCCGUAACCUUUUCUCCUGAGACCAAAAGGCCUGCAUGGAAUUUUCCAGCAAACUGUUGUGAAAAACUCUUGACAUUAUGUUCCAGUGGGACUUUCAAUUUAUUCUAAAGAAUGAUGCUGCUUUUAACCGGGAUUUUGUACAGGAACCAGAUGGACUCCUUCCAGAUAGUUCCUUCAGUAUUUGAUCUUAAUUUAUUAGGCUUCUUAUUAUGGUGCCGGAAUUUAUGCCAGAACAGCUCAAAACACUCAUUUGAAUCACUCUAAGAUAAUCAAUUAAGAAUUUUAUGUAUUUUACCCUGUAAACUAAGUAGCAUUUGGGAAUUUACAGAUAUUCGAUAGUACUGAAGACUUGAUUAAAGGAAUAGUUCACCCAAAAAUGGACAUUUAAAAUGUACUCACCCUCAUGGCAUUCAA